AAGGCGCAAGAAAAAGAUCCUACGCACGGGCCCAUAACAGCGUACACUUGUUCAUGGCAUGGAGGAAUUCUUCGAUCCUGCUUUACACACCAUUGUUCAUUGUUUCCACCCAAUGAUGUUGGAGUAUUGAACGACCAUGACAAAUCCUAUGCCAAAAAUUUCAGUGCAGUGUUUGAUCUUUCCCUGAGCUAAAAAUCAUUCCAAGGCUGGUGAUGCCUUUUUGUGCUAUCAGCUGAUUUACUCCAUGUUUUGUUCAUUUGUUGACUUCUUCUGUGUCUCUGUUAGUCUAGACACACGGAAAUCGUAAGUGGAUACUUUCCUAUUCAACCCUUUUGUGUUGUGUACGCUCCAAGUUCUGUUGGAAUCCUUUUUACUUUGAUUUUCUCCUAGUGGCUUUGUAGCCGAUAUCCCAAUUCAAAUUCAAAUAGGGGACUAUUACAGCUGGAUUGGCGGUUAUUUGUUCAUUCUCUGUUGUUUUCCGUUUUCUUCUUUCUCAGAAAUUUCCCAUAUAUCAUAAUGAAGAACAGUAAGAACAGAUGGGUUUGAUGCAGAGCAAAAUCUGACGUUCUUAGCCCGUUACCCAAGAACUACUUCUAACAGACUGACUAUUUUAACUUCACCUCUCCAAAGGAACAAACGGAAAAAAUCCAUCGAAAGGAAAAGUGCAGAGAGAAGCUGAGAAAAGGUAGAGCUGUCUAUGGACCCGACUUACGGAACUCAUGUAAAGCUCCUGGCCUUCGACUUCCUUUCUCUCACCCAGAAAUCUUCUUCAGACCCCAUUUGUUUCUAUCGAAAGGGUAGACCAGUCUCGAGAGCCGAAACAGUGGGCGUGGUAGUAAGCCGAGAGCGUAAGGGAGACAAGUUCCUCAAAUUCUUGGUCGACGAUGGCACCGGUUGCAUUCCUUGCAUCCUCUGGCUCAACCAUCUCAACUCGCCUUACUUCUCCAGGUGCAACCCUUCAGAUGUUCGACUUAUGGCCGAUAUGGCUGCCGGUUUUGCUGAGGAGAUCAAAUUGGGUGCUUUGGCUAGAGUUCGAGGCCGGAUCACUUCUUACAGAGGUGCAUUGCAGAUCACGGUCUCAGAUGUUUUCGUGGAGAGAGAUCCCAAUGCUCAAAUAUCGUAUUGGUUGGAUAGUAUUAGGUUGGCUGUGAAUUGUUACAAUGUUCUCCCUUCGCCAAAUUUUCUCAAGCACCAUCACCAACAAAACCAUAAGCGCUAGUGGAGACAACAACAAUCAGAGGUAUCUCUUCUGUAUGUUAUCUUUGUCUCUUCCUUUUCUUUUCUCUUUUCAACUCUCGGCUUUAAGGAAUUUGCUCAGGUUAAUUUCCACGUAGAAUUUUGUCUCAGGGAAAGACGUUCAAUGGCGGAUUCAAAAGGGAUUUAUUGUUUAAUAGGAACAUCAAAUUAGAGGCAUUGUCAUAUGGCUUUCAGAUGGGAUUAUUUCUGUCCGAUUCUUGCUUGCAUAUGAGAGCAUAACUUGAGCAUUUAAAUGGAGGAGAAUAUAGAAAUAAGCUUGUGUCAGGAUUCAGGAGUCAUGAGAUGAACUCAAUUCCAUCUUUUAAAAGUCAGGAAAUGGCCCGGUUUUAGAUGAUUACAUGUUACCAAAAAACAAAAAAUAAAAUAAAAUAAGAUGAUCCUAAUUGUUUUAGAUUCUUUCUAGGAAGCAUGUAUGAUUCUAUCAUGCAGAAUGAGGGAAGACUACUUCUAUUUAAUCAGAAAAGCAUCUAUAUGAUGAAGUGAACUACCAUUGUUUUGGUUGAUUGUAAAGAGAAAUAAUCCACCCCCUUUUUAUUA